AUGAACGACCUAUUCUCAAGCUCCUUCAAAAAGUUCAGCGACCUGAACGAUCAGUCUCACGUCAUCGAUGUGGAGACUGGGAAGGAAAGUGUCAACCUGGAUAACUUCUUCAACGAGGUGGAGAAUGUCAAGGAAGACAUGAGAUCAGUUGAGAAGUUGUAUAGAAAAUUGCAAGAGUCAAAUGAAGAGAGCAAGAUUGUGCAUAAUGCUAAGACCAUGAAGGAUCUUCGAGCCAAAAUGGACCAAGAUAUUCAGCAGGUCCUCAAAAGCGUUAAGGUCAUAAAAGGAAAGCUUGAAUCUCUAGAGCGUUCAAAUGCAGCCAACAGAAACCUUCCAGGCUGUGGUCCAGGUUCCUCCGCGGAUCGAACAAGAACCUCGGUGGUUAGUGGCUUAGGUAAGAAACUGAAGGACAUGAUGGAUGAUUUUCAAGGGUUGAGAAUCAGAAUGCAGAAUGAGUACAAGGAAACCGUGGAGCGCAGGUACUUCACCAUAACAGGAGAGAAGGCUGAUGAAGACACCAUAGAGAACUUGAUAUCAAGUGGAGAAAGUGAGAGUUUUCUUCAGAAGGCGAUUCAAGAACAAGGGAGGGGUCAGAUAAUGGACACCAUAUCCGAGAUUCAAGAGAGACAUGAUGCUGUUAAGGACAUAGAGAAGAGCUUGAUUGAGCUGCAUCAGGUGUUUUUGGACAUGGCAGCUCUUGUAGAGUCUCAGGGUCAACAGUUGAAUAACAUCGAGAGUAAUGUGGCACAUGCAAGUUCCUUUGUGCGAAGAGGCACUGAGCAACUUCAGGAAGCCAGAGAGUAUCAAAAGAGCUCAAGGCAGUGGACUUGUUAUGCCAUACUUCUUGGCAUUGUACUUGUCAUUGUGCUUCUGUUUCCUCUCUUAACAUCACUUUUACCUCACUUGUUGUAUUGA